GAUGAGAGGAGGUACCGCCUCAUGAGUGAACCAGAGGGAGACAUCAGCCCUGCGGACUUGCCGUUCACGCUGGCCGUGACUAAAUUGAAGGGAUAUUUUGAGGUGUUCUUUGAGCAGCCCCCACCUUUCAAGAUCUCCCUCGUAGAGACAGAGUCCGACCAGACUGUGUGGUCAGCCACCAUCAGAGAAGGUGACUGUGUGGACAAUACAGUUGAAAAGCCAAGGAAACUGACAGAUAACAGGAAGAGAAGCACAAGCACAUCAGAGGAAGAGUUGCCCAAAAAGAGACGUCGAUGUGCAGAUGAGUCAGACGGAGUGCGGACAGUGCAGGUCCCAGACGUGUCGUCCAAGCAGCUGAUGCAGGUGGCUAAGCGGCAGGGGAAGGAGUGGAAGCAGGUGGCUAUCGGUUGCCUGGACCUGUCCUCCAAAGAGCUGGACGAUAUACAGGCCAGUGAGGAGGAUGUCAUUAUGCAGAGGUUUAAGGCGUUGGAGCGCUGGAAGACUGGCAGGUCAAAUGGUCAAGCCACUGUCACUCACCUCUUGAUGAGCCUACAGGAGCUGGAUGACCUGCCCAACGAGGUCCUCAAGACACUGCAAGAUAUGAUGGACAAUAAAGCUGUUGAAUGAGAUAUAUUUUGCCUCCCAAGGUCCCUGCCUUUCCGCAGCCCUAUCGUCAAUGAGCCAGAGAGACAAUGGGAAAGAGACGUUUGAACUCUUGCCUUGAAGACAGAAAUCCCUCUGCUUCUGCUGUAUGGCAGUGGUACUCUUACCCUACGAGGUCCGGAGCCUGCUAGUUUUCUGUUCUACCUGAUAAUUAAUUGCAUACACCUGGUGUCCCAGGUUUAAAUCAGUCCCUGAUUUGAAGGGAACAAUGAAAAAAAAGCAGUGGAACUGGCUUCGAAGUCCAGAGUCGAGUUUGAGGGCUGUAUGGAGUAGGAUGAAAGUUGCCUCUAGUCCAGGGAUGGGCAACUCCAAUCCUCAGGGGCCGGAGUGGUGUCACAUUUCUUCCCCAUCCCUAGCUAACGCAGCUGAUUAAACUAAUGGCAUUUUAAACUGAAGAUCAUAAUUAGUUGAUUAUUGGAGUCAGGUGUGUUAUCUGGGGCUGGGGCCAAAGUGUGACACCAAUCCAGCCCCCGAGGACUGGAGUUGCCCGUCCUUGCUCUAGAGGCUGAUCUAAGGUCAGCUUUGCAUACCUCCUUCAUAAAUUGAGGAUGGUACACUGAUCCUAGAUCAGAAGCAUUAUGUGUCCCCUGCCAUUGCCUAGGUAGGGCAGGGCCGGCACACCAGCCUAGCACUGUCAGCCCCUUCCAGCCCAAGAGAAUUGGGAUUCAAUUGCCUUCAACUGAUAUGUUUGAUUUCUGCAGGCCUGGAUGCUAGAGCUAGAGAACUUUGUGCCCUGCCUAGUAGUGAUGUUUAGUAGUGGGAAACCCUGGCUUUUCACCCCUCAUGUUCUCUCAGGAUUUUAACGGGAGUUCAACAAAGGCGUAGAAAGAGAAUUACACCACAACCUUUAAUCUUGAAUGGUUAUGUUCUUAGACGUUCACAAAUGGUCCAUUAACCUGGAAUAAUGCAGGCGUUAUGUAGAGGUACACCAAACAGCCAGGAGCUGAUGCUGCGACCUGCGGUGCAGUGAAGACCUCAUGUCAUAGAUGAGCUCUGAGAAAUAGGUAGCUAAUGUGUAGCCAGUAACAGACAUGUUGCUGCAGUAUGGAAACUGCUAACACACUUACAGGGCUGUUGUCUCAAACAUUGUAUAUUUUGUAUUUGGAUAUUUCUCAAUCAAGGCAUUGCCACUUACUUAAUCAUGGAAUUGGAACAACUACUCAAGGAGUGUAGCUGUACUUUUAAUAUGGUGUACAUAUUUCCUGUUUUUUAAACUAUACUGUGAUAUUUUUUUUUUUCUGAGUCUGUGUUUGUUCGUUUUGAUGUAUGUUAUGACCAAAUUGAGCCGUCAAACUGACAGUGGGGAUAGCUAAGCUUCAUCUCAGAGAAAAGAUUGGUCAUAUUUACUUUUGUUGAGACUGGAUCGUGUACAGCCUGGAAAUCACGCUCAGUGCAUUUGAACAUGGUGGGAUUGACUGAAUUCCAGAAAGCACUAAUGUAGGAGAGUAUUUUUUGUUCAUAAAAAGGGCUACUAACUCAUUUUAAACACCUUUCAAUAGGGAUGUCACUGUUGCCAAUACUGGGACCCAAAUACCCCAGGGAGAGUAACAACGAUUAACUGUGAAAUGAUGAAUGGGAAAACCAUGAGUUAAGUUGUUUAUUGGGUAUUGGAUGCCAUUUGCAAGUGUGUACAUAUUUUUACACAGAGGGAUCGCUCCGAAAGUCCACCAUUAUAUUCCAGUCCUUACAUGUGCACUUAUCUAAUGUUACAGCUCAGGUAUGGGCCUUCAUAGGGCUCUGGGUAUGAUGUCUAAGAUUACAAAUCUUUGACUGAAUAAAAUACAUUUUUGGAAAGAUUGAUAUAUUUUUUUAAAUUGCAAAUCAUUUUCAGCUAGUAGAUGAUGGUCUUCAUGACUGUUAGGCUAUGACUGUCACGACUUACACCGAAGGUGGCUCCUCUCCCUGUUCGGGCGGUGCUCGGUGGUCAUCAUCGCCGGCCUACUAGCUGCCACCGAUCCAUUUUUCCUUUUCUUUUGUGUCUGUCUGUAUUGUUUACACCUGUGUCCUAUUAGUUAAUUUCGGUGUGUUUAUUAACCUCCGCUGCUUGCUAUGCUUUGUGCAGGAUUAUUUGCUGUUGUUUGCUCUGUUAGGGGUGCGUGUUUGCGCCACAGGUUUUUUUUUCUCACGGUCGUUGUACCGUUUGGACUGUAAUUAGGAGUAGAGGUUUCUCCUCCGUGUGUUACGUUAUUUCCCUGUGUGUGGCGACUUCGUUGGGUGUGUUUCCCCACCUGUUGUUGUUGUGUUGGGACUUUAAAAUAAACAUUGUGCUACUGGGA